AUGUCCAUCAUAUUCAUCCCAGACUAUCUGGAAAAGAAUGGAACGAUAUACUACAAUGUGAAUAUCAAGUUACCGCUCCGAUCAAUCUCCGUUAGCAGAAGAUACUCUGACUUUGUCGAGUUGGUGACCACCUUGAGUGACGACUUGGGAUUAGGAGUCAGCGAAUUCCCCUAUAAGCUACCUCCAAAGACAAGUGUUUUCAGCAGCAGGAAAAGUGUUUCUGAGCUGCGCAAGGUUCUUCUCGCCGACUUUCUCGAUAAGGUAGUCAGAGACAGAGACCUCCAGAAUAGACCCACAGUACAUAAGUUCUUACAGUUGCCCAAGAAUUUCAACAUCAGCCGUGAUCUCUUCAAGGAAGAUACUGAGUCUGUUAAAGAUACGAGAUUUCUCAUCACCGAUACCGACACCGACAUCUCUGGUGACCAAUGGCUACUGUACUUUCGCAUCGUCAAAUCCAGCAUUAGUAAGCUUGACCGGGGCAAGACGCUCACUACCCGAGCAGAAACUAGAGAAAAAGUACAGAAAUACGUUCGGCCUAACUUAGAAAAACUUGCACGGGCCUUGACCAAUUUGGGCAGAAGUGGAGCAAUUUCAAAGAACGAAUGGAACUCCAGAACUGCCCGGCUCUCGCAAAUCCAGGACGACGUGGAAUCUAUUUUAGGCAAUAGAGAGGAGCUUUUUCAGGAGGCAACCAAUGCUCGUCUGGGCGGCCGAGUAUUUGGAAAACCAAGCGCUGAUGCAGCUCGUGAGACGAACGAAACUGUGGGGUUAGAUGACCGCGAGCUCUUUCAACAACAACAGCAGAUACACAAGGAACAAGAUCAGGAGGUUGAGCAGUUGCGCAUGAUCAUUGCUCGGCAAAGACAAAUUGGCGAAGCUAUUAAUCAGGAGGUAGAGGAGCAGAAUGAGAUGCUUGAUCGCUUUUCUGAGGAAGUUGAUCAUUCUGCCAACAAGCUACAAAACGCCAGGGCCAGAGCUAAGAAAAUUGCAUAA